AUGUUAAAAAAUGCUUUAGAUAUGACGUUUAUGACAAGUCCUGAAAAUAUUGAUUUAAACUUAAAUAAACAAAUCAUACAGCAAUUCGAUGGUACUUUUUUAAACAAAUCAGAAAUAAUUACGUUAAACGAGUUAGAUAAAAAACUUGAACACUUAUCAAAUUAUACAGCAGAAAUAAUAUUGAAAGUGGAUAAGAUAUUAUUAAACCAAGAAAGAAUGCUUAACUUUUUAAGACGUCAACAAAUUGGUGAACCAAGUAAUACUCAAAGUGAAGAAUUUGAUGAACAUUUUGAAAAAAUUACAUUAACAGGAUUAUCUGCAGGAAGACGCCCAGCACCAGAUGAAAAACUAGGUCUUCUUAAAACAAAAUUUUUUGGACUUCUUCUUGAUGUUUUGAAUAAAAGCUUCCCAAACGUAACUGAAGAAAUAUUGAAGAAACCAAUUAGUAGUUGGUUAAAACAUGCCAAAGAUAGACUUUCCAGAGAAAAACAAAACGCAAUUUAA